AUGGAUCCAUCGCGCAUUACUCUGAGGCCUUUCAAACCAUCAGACGCCCACGAUAUGUUAUCGUGGGCAGGCGACGAAAGGGUGACAAAAUCCGUGAGAUGGAAAACUUUAGCAACGAAAGAGGAAGCAUCAAUUUUCAUCGACCAAAUAAGCGGACCCCAUCGAUGGGGGCGAUCGAUAUGCAUCGACGACCGUUCGAUCGGUUUAGUGACGGUUUAUGUGGGGUCCGGCAACGAGAGAUGUAGAGGCGAGAUGAGCUACGCAAUAGGAGUUGAACAUUGGGGAAAAGGGGUUGCUACCGUGGCAGUGAAAAUGGCUCUGCCGAAAGUGUUUGAGGCAUUUCCUCAAAUACUUAGGCUGCAGGCUAUGACUACUUCGGAGAAUAAAGCGUCGCAGAGAGUGUUGGUGAAAGCUGGGUUUACGAAGGAGGGUUUGUUGAGAAAGUACCUUUAUCUCAAAGGGCAAAUUCAAGAUGCUGUUGUUUUCAGUAUUGUUGUCGACGACUAA